AUGCUUUCCAACGUUGUUCUUGUCCUCGGUCUCGCCGCCAGCGGCAUUCUCGGCCAAAUUACCCUGACACCAUCCACCGUCAGGACUGGUCGGCCUGGUCUUCCAACAGAAACACAGACUGUGACGGCUACUGUCACCAAGACCGAGACCGAUGUCAAGACCACAACAGCGACAGCGACGUCAACACUCACCCUUCCCGCUCCUCCAGCUUCCACCGUCAGUGUUACUGUCGUCCGCACCAUCACCACCGUCAGCACCACGACGGCAACUGCCACCCGCACCAUCACAAGCGCCACCACUGCUGUAUCGACCGUCAAGCAAACCAUCACCGCUACCGUGACGCAAACCUCGACUUCGACUCUCACCAAGCCGUGUGGUGCGGCCUGCCCGACGAUCACCCAGACGGCCACGGCGUGCAGAAGCUGCUUCGUCCCUCAGUGCACCACCACGUCCGUUCUGACCCGUCCUUGCGGAUGUGACGGUCCUCUUCCCACGGCGGCCAUUUCGUUCCCUUGCUCUGAUCCCAACGCGUGCAACAACAUCGGGUGCACCACUGUGUAUGCCAUUCAGACCGCCAGGUGCUAG